GGAGCGUUGUGCUGCGGGAUGCUGAGCGCCGUCCGUACGGCGGAGAAGGGCCGAGGCUGAAUCCCAUCCAGAGGGUGGGCGGGUGCUGCUGGGGAGAAGAAAACUCCGCAGGGAAUAACAGGCGUUGAAGGCAGAGUUGCUGACAUCUCACGGUUGUGUGGAGGCUGUUAUUCGAGCUCAAGCCGGGUUAAUGAUUGCUGGUACCGUGCAGAGCUUGAUCUGCUCAUACCGAACGUUGCUUCAGGUUUUGCAGCUAGGAAGAGCUUUGCAGAUUAAGUCCUGCUCCGACAAGUUGCGGAGAGCCUAUGCCAUGCUGCGGUGCCUUUCCUGCCCCGUGCUGGGCUGCUCUGGGCACGCGUUUCCCUUGGCCUCACCCCAGCGUUCCUCCCAGGGACUUUUUGCAGCAGAACCGUCAGGGGCUGAAGCCGGAGCUGAGCCACCUUCCCAUGUGCAGGCACAGGGCGAGCUCUGCGUGCGACACCAGGGCUUUGUUUUGGAAAGAUUUGGUCAAAUCAGCCUCACCCAGGCAGUUCUGUUUUUGUCAGCAGCACAAGCUGCUGCAGCACUGCGACUGUUUGAGAUCAGCAGGUCUGUGAAUAUGGAAGGUUCACUAAGUUGGCUUUCCCUGGGCGCCCUGCCCAUGUCACAGGAGGUCGAGCAAGGACAAGGGUCACCCUGUGCCAGUGGCUGCUGUUGGUGCUGUGCCUCAGACACCAGGCAAGGUGGGGAAAGAGCAUUUAAGAGGGAAGUCAAGCAGUAAACAGCUGAUUUUAUCUGCAUUUCUGCUCCUCAGCUUCAGGCAGGCUGAAUUCUGGACCUAUCUGCUCCAUUCUGAUGAGGAAAUUCUAGAGGAGCUGAGGCUUAAAGCAGCACCAGAGCUGGGCUGGUUUCUUCCCAACUUGUCUGAGCAAGAGCAGGUGCUUUCGAGCAACGAGAGCUGCAGUGUGGCUGCGCCAUGGCAGCGGUGGUGGCAGAGAAGCUCAGCCGCCUCUUCAUCAACGUGCGCCAGGUCCCCCAGCUGCUGGCUCCCCCACUGCCCACCACUGUCAGCAGCUCUGAGGUGCCGAGGGUUUUCUGGAAGCCUUACAUCCACACCGGCUAUCGCCCGGUGCACCAAACCUGGAGCUAUUACUUCUCCACGCUCUUCCAGCAACACAACGAAGCCAUCAACGUGUGGACUCACCUGGUGGCCACGCUGAUCCUGCUGCUGCGCUUCCAGCAGCUCUCCCAGAGGGUGGAUUUUGGGCAGGACCCGCACGCCCAGCCGCUCCUCAUCAUCAUCACGGCAUCCAUCACCUACCUGACGUUCAGCACGCUCGCUCACCUCCUGCAGGCCAAGUCUGAGUUCUGGCACUACAGCUUCUUCUUCAUGGACUAUGUAGGGGUGGCCAUCUACCAGUAUGGCAGUGCACUGGUGCAUUACUACUAUGCCAUCGAACCCAGCUGGCACGAGAGGAUUCAGGGCUUUUUCAUGCCCACGGCUGCACUGCUGGCCUGGCUGUCAUGUGCAGGUUCAUGCUAUGCCAAGUUCCACUUCCAUCAGUCAGCAUGGCUGCUGAGCCGGCUGUGCCAGGAGGUGCCCUCAGGCCUGGCCUACCUGCUGGACAUCAGCCCUGUUGUGCACCGCAUCUGCACCGCAUCACCUGCGGAGCACACGGACCCGGCCCUGCUGUACCACAAGUGUCAGGUGUUGUUCUUCCUCAUCGGUGCCUUUUUUUUCUCCCAUCCUUACCCAGAGAAGUUGCUCCCUGGGAAAUGCUAUUUUUUUGGGCAGAGCCAUCAGAUUUUUCAUGUCUUCCUGGUGCUUUGCACGCUGGCACAGAUCGAGGCCGUGGUGCUGGACUAUGAGUCCAGGCGGCACAUCUACUCCUCGCUGCAGGGUGACCUGGCACACCACUUCUCUGCCCUGUGUGUCUUCACUGUGACGUGCUCUGUGCUCACUGCUGCAUACAUGGCACGGAAAGUGAAGGAUAAGCUGAGCUUCAAAGAAGACUGAGAUCCAGGGCAUAGUGGGGGAUGCCAUGGCCAAAGCUGCAUGCUCCGAGAGGAAGGAAGUGCUUUGCAAACUGUCACUUGGCACUGCUCUCCCCAGGGAGGGAGAAUAAGAGCUGCUCUUCGUGCUUUUUAAUUCAGAAUUAAUCCCAUCUUAUUCAUGAAAUAGUGCACUGAUUUAAUUCCUAUAUCUGAAUAAACAGAUAGAACCACGUGGCAGUGUGGUGCAGCCUGGUCACUGCUGAGCCCUGUGUGCUUUGUCCCGGGGGUCCCCACAGCUGUCCCCUCCACUCCAUCUCAGCAGCAGUGGGGCUGCAUACCUCUCACAAGGGGCAGCUGCAGAUGGGACGUCUGCAUGGCCUCUCCCAGCCCUGCUCUGCUUGCAUCUCUGUGUGUCUCCAGGAAGGCUGUGGGGAGCAGUGUGUUGCAAUGCAGGUGAACGAUAAGCACUGCUCCCCCACCUUGGCUGAAGAUGUUAUCUUGCAGGACAGUGUCCACUUGCUCAGAUAUGAGCUGCCUUUGGUAAAUCUGUGCUGCUUUUCCCAAUCCCUUGCUUUGUUUGUGUGGUAGUAGUUUCCAGACUCACUCUGUUGCUUUCCUGGGGUCUGAAGGGUGAUCUGGUGGGGACUGAGACCUGGGGGAUCCGGAGGAGCUCUGCACCCCUGCACAGCAGCAGUGCACAGCCUCGAUGGGGCAAAGCACAGAACCCCAGACCAGUGCAGGGCAGCUGCAGAGCCACAACUGCUGCCCUCCGGCUCCAGCACAGCUGCUGCUCUGUGCCAACUGGUUCUGUGCCAACCGCUCUUUGUUUGAAGAUGCUGAGACAUGUCAGGUUGGUAUUUCUUGGCUGUAGGAAUGACAUCUAAAUGUUGCCACCUUUAAUCUACAAAAUUCCCAAGCUGGGAAGUUGUGAACAUUACUGAGCUGUCUCUCAGCUUAGUGUGGAACAUUGGGUGCCCUGCUGCCUUGCAAGGAGCUUUUUGCAAGGGAGUGAGGAACUUGUGCAGGAAUAAAGAACAUCCCCAGUAGAAAUGCUGCACGCUGCCUAAGCUUAAAAAUAACCAAUGACCAAAAACCACCUUAACCCUCAGGUUAAGUAAUGCCAGGCCAUCCUCAGAAAUAGUGCUUAGGAAAGCAGACCCA